UCAAACAAAUCGAGCCCGAUCGGCGAGCGUGUUUGUCGUUUUAGUAAGAUUCGCGCGUCGAUAUUAAUGUAAAGAUAGUUUGUUUUGUAUGAAAUUCAAUGCUGUUGAAGUUUUUCUGAAUUAAAGUACCCCCAAACAUUUAUUCUUCACGUAUCUAGAAACUAUCCAACUGUAGUGCGAUAGGAAUAUGUGAAAAUUACUAUUUUAUGAACGAAAUGUGUUUAUAAAUAUUGAUUUAUAUGUUAAUGUUUCUAACAAUGUUCUUGUGUGAAUGUAGGUAAUCUUGAAAUUUACUAGAAAACUGUUGUGAAUUAAGUAACAAAAAAAUGAAACAUUUAUUGCUUUAUUUUAAUGGCGUGCUCUGAGAAGUGAGGAGUGUAGCUUUCUUAGAUAAAAUUCGACCGUGCUUGUAGUGUUUUUGUGUAUAACGAAAAUGGAGGGGACCAAUGAGAAGGAUUGCUCGCCGUUAUGGAAUCUAUACCAGCAGAUUGUUUCGGAUAUGAAGAACAGUACUCCGAUGUGGGAGGAGUUCAUAUCCAAAGCAACGAAGCUACAUUCAGCACUGAAAUCAGCGUUAGUCGCCAUUGCUGCGUUUCUGGACGCGUUUCAGAAGAUAGCAGACGCCGCGACCAAUGCCAGAGGCGCAACGAAGGAGAUCGGCACAGCCCUGACGCGGGUGUGCCUUCGACAUCGCGCCAUCGAAACCAGAAUGAAGACUUUCAUCAGUGCUCUUAUGGAGACCAUGAUAACACCGCUGUCUGAACGCGCGGAUGAUUGGCGGCGCGGCGGCAGCGCCACGGGUGCCCUGAGCCGCGAUCACGCGAGGGAAUGUAAACGCGCUCGAGCAGAACUCAGGAGGAGGAUGACGGAAGCGCAGCGCCACGCCAGGAAAGCCAGGAGAGCACCGCCCGACGCUAAACGAAGGGCCGACGUUUGCAUGCAGGACGUUCAAGAACGCAAGCAGCAAUUGGAAGAAAUGGAAGAGAAGGCUGUUAAGGCAGCCUUGAUCGAGGAACGGAGCCGCUUCUGUCACUUCGUGUCGCUGCUCAACCCUGUGGUGGAGUGUGAAGUGGCAAUGCUAGCGGAGCUCGGUCACCUUCAAGAGGGAAACGAUCAGCUAAUACGACACACCGCCGAACCGAGAACCUUGCCGGCGGCUAGUUUACAAGUUAUUUGCGACGUCAAGUCGUGUGCGAGCGGCUGGGAGUGCCAGUCGGCCCCUCACUCGCCCUCCUCGUCCCGUCUCGGCAGCCGCAAGUCGAGCCUCACGUCUAUCUCGUCACUAAACAGUCACUGCUCCGAACAUCACGGCGUCUCAGGAUCGACGGUGAGCUGUUCCACCCCGAUAUCCAAUGCGUCGUCCGGUACAAUGCCCGGACACAACAACAGCGAUCAGCUGUCCCAGUCGACGGCACGUUUGUCGAGCGUGUGCAGCGCCGACUCCGGAUUCCGUUCACAGGACGCUUUACAACGACGCUCGCUCUACGUCGACAAUGGAUCUGACAAUCAAAGCGUUAGCAGCGAGUGUCUGACGCCGGCGAAGGGCGCUCUGGAAGAUGAAGACAAGGACGACAGCACACACGAUGUCGCCAAUGCAGCCUCGGCGACGUGGCCGGAUCUAAAGGACACGGCGCAGUUUGAGCGAGCCGCCUCCGCCAUCAUGGGGGGUCGACCCCACACCAUAUCAGCCGCCUACGAAAGGAACCAUCCUCGUCCCGCUCUCAGCGUACACACGUUCUCCUCGGACGCCGAGCAGAGGGAAGGCGGUAUUUAUGCUCGCCCACCGUUGCCCACUAGAUGUUCGUCCUUGGAGCGACCCAGCGUGCCGGUCAAGCUGAUCAACGCGAACUCUCCGCAGCAGGACUUCAAGCACAACAAGCCUUCGUCGCUACCGCCGCACCUCACUAAGGAGAUGCCGCAAGCAGUCUACGUGAACAUGUCGGAGCUGGCUUCGCUGGCCGCCUCCCGCGCCCACGCCCUCAGCGAGCAGCCGCACCAGGAGAAGGUGUGUUCAGAGAGCAGUGCUAGCGAAUCGUCUUUAGAGUCGUCAAGCGGCUACGGAAGUCAAGGAGCCUUCGCUGCCGAAGACCUCACAAUUCAGCAUCAAGUCCAGCACGCAGACGUCGAUUCUGAGAUCGUAACGCUGCGUCGCGCCACUGAAGCUUCCGUAGCGGCCGCGCGCGAGAGCUUUUCGAUAUCCCUCGGGAGUCUCGAGGAGGCGGUGAGGUCGCUCGACGCGGCCUGCGACUCUCCCCCCUUCGCCACCAUCGGGAAGAAACCCGCCGUGCCCAAGCGGCGGCCCCUGUCAAUGACAGCGACGGUGUGGUCGAGGCGUGGUUCCUCCAGCUCGCUCGGGAAGCCGCCGCCCCCAGUGCGCCGGUCCUCCUCCAUAUCGCGACCUCAACGACCGGCCUAUGGACAGACAAAUACCCAGAGCCCCCCGAUGGGGCCGACCGACGCCGACAACCUUCCGCCGCCACCGGCUUUCUUAUUGCAACCUGACGGCGAAACUAAUCAUGCACAGCAACCCACCAACGUCGCGGAGACCGUGAAGCAACUGACCGAGUUGAAGCACACGCCUGCUUCUCCUGGUCUGGUGCGUCGUAGCGUCCAACAGCUAAACUCCACGACCUCGCCCGCCCAGACCGCGCUCUCCCUCAGCACGUUCCAGCAGGCCAAGACCGGCUUCUCAUCGACGGUCAACGUCAGCAACACUGGGAACCUGAACCCAAUCUACGGACAGACCGGCCACCGGAUCAUGACUUACGUGGAGAACUCAGCGCACGCGAGGAAGACAAGCAUGUCCGGUUCCAACUCUGAUAUCUUCAAGGAAGCUAAUAUUGGUCCAAUGUUCACGGAGGGCCGAAGCUCCCCGCAGGGCUCCACGCCCUCGACCCCGAGCCACAGCGACAACUCGCUGUCGAGCUUCGGGCUCCGGACCACCAGCGAAUCUCACUACGGACAGACCGGCUUCAAGCUGCAGCAAGAGAAGAAAUACGGUCAGAGCAACAGCAUAUACGCGCAGCCGUCGCAGCUAAUGGGCGGCUACAACAACCCGCGCCUCGACACCAGCCCGCUCGCGCUGCGGCGCGGCAUCGCGGCGCGCUCGCACAGCGCCGACACGCAGCGGACCAGCGCAGAGGGCGGGCUGAUCGCGAGUCUGAGCGCGAAGCUGGCGCCGCAGCUGUCUCCCCGCGCCCCGCGCCGCACGGACCCCGCUAAAGGGAAAGGUACAGUGCCAAGUGCCGUGCAGCCGGCGUUCUUGGACAAGCUCUCGGCGACGAUACAGCAACAACGAAGACAAUUGAACUCGACCCGAGCCAGCAAUGUACGCGAUAUUAUCAACGCACACGCGCAGCCCGAUCCGAGGGUGUGCCACACGUCUCUGAUGGAGCAGAUCAAACGAGGAGCGACCCUGCGUCGGAACAAGCACUGCAACGACAGAUCAGCACCGAAAAUACGCUAAACACGAAAACAGACAAAGGAAAUGCUACUUUAAACGCAUAAGCGAUAAGGUAGAAACUUGACUGCUAUAUUUUGCGAAACAUUAAUUUGUAUGCGUGCUCUAACACAGAACAUUGAAUGGAUCAAUACGUUAAUAUGAUUACAACUUAAAUGUGUAGAGAAAUAAGUUCGAAUUUUGAUUGGUGUUAAAAAUAGCAAUGGCAGUACGAUCAAUAACGAAAGUCUAUUCAGAACUUGAAACGUUCUUAUCUUACUUGUUAUAAGGUUGAAAAUUGUGCGGUAAACCUAUGUAAUUUAAAUAAUGUAUUAUCCUCACGUAAACGGGUAACUAGGUUCAUUGAAGACUCGCAUUACUGAAGUCAUAAGGUCGUUUAUCGUGUAAAUGGUUUCCCACCUUAGAAACUGGAGAGCAUUACUGCUGCGGCCCAAAAAUAGGCAGGAUGAUAACUCUUACUCCUAAUAUAAACAGUUGUUCUGUUAUUUUUUUAACACGCAAUGGAAAGCGUAUGGAGCAUCCGAGUUUAUUAACACAUGUACAUACUACACACACACAUACAGACACCAAAACGCACGUUAGUAAUUAAUUAAAAAAAAAAGGAUUUUUUACAAAUUACGAUUCCGAUAUCAAGAUAUCGUUUCACGAUUUCCGUUAUGUCGGAUGCUUUGCGACAUUCGUCAUCUCGAUGCCUCCAAUGAACACUACUAUAACUCGAAAUUUUGAAAUUUUCGUUUUUCACGCAAAUCUCUUCACUAUUUUAAAAGUAUUACAAUUAAUCAUUAUUGAUGGGGUUCGAAGCAAGAGUAAAUCAGUUGGUUACACAAGAAGAAACCAUAAAUGUAUCUGCAAUAAUAAAGGUUUUAUCAACUUUUGGAACGAAGUUCCUUAUCGCGCGUUGUGAAAGGGGGCUAGACGGAAAAAAUUCUUACGAAAAGUUGUCACGACACUUUUUAGAUCCGUCAUUCUGACCAAUCAACGUGUAGGCGCUUAUCGCGUGACAUUGCUCGCAUCCGAUUGGUCCGCGUAAUGAGUACAGUUUCUCGAGAUAGCGUUUCAACAAUAGUAAUUUAGUUCACAGUAUUGUUUUUUUUUCCUUCAUAAUGCCGUAAUUUAUUAUUAUAACUUAAAAAAAAAAUUACAAUUCCUUCACUAAUUAAUCGAAAGGAACUUCGUUCCAUCCGGGUGUCCCUUGACACCUCUAAAGUUUUUAUUUUUUCGUUUAAACGCUCCUCCUGUAAACCUACGAAUUUGGAGUUAGCGUAGUGUUCAUUGGAGGCAUCGAUCUGUGACGUGAACUGACCAUAUAAAAACAAAAAUAAAAACAUCAAUCAAUUAUCAUUCGUUUAGUAGGCAAUGUUUAAAAUUGGGCAAUAUACACAAGCAUAAAUGAAACAUUAUUUUCCUGUAUACAUUCAUAUUGCUAUGUACAUCUAGCAUAAGUUAUUACGUAAAUGUCUACCCACAUAAUAGGAAAAUGUCGUUGAUUAUCAUGAAUGUUACGUGUACAAAUCGAUUCUACGAAAAACAGAAAACCAUAUUUAUCAUUGCUUCGAUGUGUGUAAAGGAAUCGCAUUUAUUUACUGUUUACACAAUUCAAUUCGUUUCUGAUUUAAUGAAUGAAUACGUCAUUUUAAAAUGACUAGCGAUCCCGCAGUAGUCGAAAUUUGACUAUGAUUAAUUGAAAUUAUAAGUUUGAACAUUAUUAUGGUUCAAUUGUCAAAAACUAUUAUACUUCUAUAGUGACAGAUCUCGCCAAGACUACACUGUAGACAAAUAAUAUUAAAGAUAAACAAUAUUAACCUAUUUUCAAUUUGACCACAGACUUUAAGCAACAACAAAAGUUUGAAAAUAAACAUAGCGUAUAAUUAUGUGUGUGUGUGUGUGUGUGUCAAAUACAUGGUAGUGUUUGUAAUGUUUUUUUUAUUGAUUUAAUGUAUUAUUAAUGCAUAAUUAAAAAAAAAAUAGCAUUCUGCACUUCUUCACUGUAUUCUCUAUAAUUGUGAGAAAUUUCAUACUCCUCCGUCCGCGCAAUUUUCGUAAAAAGGGAUACAAAGUUUUUGCUUCACGUAUUAAUAUAUAGAUACAGUAAAAAAACGAAAAAAAAACUUCCAUUGUUGAAAUUUCAACAGCGGCAGACCUACCCUCGAAACUGGAAGGCUUGCCUAACAACAGGACGGUAAUUUAGAAUUGUGGCGAAUUCCCUUUUCAUACCACGAUCAAAGUAUUAUCCUUGACAAAAGUGCGAUACGGACGCGUCAGGCGUUUACUCUCCACGUCAUACAGAUUUUCGGUAGGCAGCGGCUUGGCUCUGCCCCUGGCAUUGCUGAAGACCAUGGGCGACAGUAACCACUCACCAUUAGGUGAGCUGUAUGCUAGUCUGCCUACAAGAGCAAUAAAAAAAAAUAUGUUCCGAAAAAUAAUAAAAAAUUAUAUACAAAAUAAACAGGUAUAUAGGUAAAAGUAGGGUAUUCUAAAAAAAAACCAUCAAUCAUCUAUGGGGGAACGUGAGUAGUGAAGUUGUGUGAUUUGAUUUACUUUUUCUAUUUAGUGUUUCUUCAGGUUUAAAUGUGUAAUAACGGUGGUUUAUUAACUGUUUAAUAUCUGUGAAAGUGCACAAAUGUGGGAAAAAGAAACAAAGCCGCUGGACGUAACUACUCAGGAUCCUCCAGAAAGUCCACUGAAAAAGUUUCAGUAAAUGACCACCAUUUUACUGCGAUUAUAUUUCAUCUCAUAUCAUCUCAUUUCAUUUCACACCGUAAUUCCAUUGUUCUUAAAAAUAAGAAUAUAAAUUAAAAUAAGACUUAAAGGUCCUAGUUACUAGGUCAUAAAAUAAAAAUCAAUCAUCUAUGUAUGAUUAUUAUAACUGGUGUCUUCAGAUCUAUAGCUCGUCUACCGAAAAACAAAGAAUUUGGAACUUACAUAAUGAAUCCGAUAAAUGAAUCAUAUCGUUCAGAUACAAAAAAAAAACAAAAAAAAACGUAACGACGGUGAACCGCAAACAGGAUUAAGCGGAUGUAUAUCCAAAUACCAAAUCUCUUAUUAACAAACAACAAUCCAAAAAAAAACUUAUUGAAUCAUUCGUAAAAUUAUUAAGAAUUAUUUCAUAUAUAAAACCUGAGCUCUGUUGUUUUCAAUGUUUUAGUUUAUUUUAAUAGACAGUUUUAAUUAACAUGAACGUUAUUAUCACGCAAUGUAUCACAAAUAAAAUUUGGUCAUGUUAAGGUGUACUACAAUACAAUCUACUCGCUCUUAAAUUAAAUAAAUGAUGAAAUGAAUAGUAAUCCGUAAUGAAGGCGUUCGCUCUCGCGGUCGUUGACCUCGCACGUCAGUGGAUUUUUAAUUGUGAUACAUUGCGUGCAAAUCAUUUUCAGGAUAUAUGAAAUAAAAUUUGGUAAUGUUAAUGUUAUACUACAAUACAAUCUACUCGCUCUUAAAAAUUAAUAAAUAAUGAAAUGAAUAGUAAUCCGUAAUGAAGGCGUUCGCUCUCGCGGUCGUUGACUUCGCACGUCAGUGGAUUUUUAAUUGUGAUACAUUGCGUGCAAAUCAUUUUCGGGAUCUAUCACUAAACUUCGUUUUUAAUAGAACUAAUAUAGUUUUAACACACGCUGUACAUGUAAUUGUAAUUUAAAUGUAAUUAUAAUGUAAAAUUACUGGUGGUAGGUACCACCGCCCCGCCUAUUUCUGCCGUGAAGCAGUAAUGCGUUUCGGUUUGAAGGGUGAGGCAGCCCUUGUAACUAUACUGAGACCUCAGAAUUUAUAUCUCAAGGUGGGUGGCGCAUUUACACUGUAGAUGUCUAUGGGCUCCAGUUUCCACUCAACACCAGGUGGACGAUGUGAAGAUGAUGUCACAAGAUGAGAGAACUUUUUAUUGGUAGUAUAGCGUCUUAUGAACUGUCACGGAUAGGUACCAACACCCAGACUAUUUCUGCCGCGAAGCAGUUAUGCGCGUUGAAGGGUGAGGCAGUCGUUGUACCAUAGAACAGAGAUUUAGAACUAAUGUAUGUUGUGGCGCUGUUUAAGUUGUUGAUGUGUAUGGACUCCGGUGACCACUUAACAUCAGGUUUACUCUUUCACCCACAUAAGAAACAAAAAAGAAACAUGUAGGCUCACGACGCGCCUAUGAAAUGACGCGACGUUAAGUAAAAUCAUGACAUUUGUUGAAUGAACGAAAUCUCAUAUUUUUUGUAAUAUUGCCCUCACCCAAAUAAGCGAUGUUAUCUAAAAUUGUAGCUAUAUCAUAAUUUAGUUAUGAAAAAUCACAUAUCGUAAAUAUUCCACAAAUAUAGAGUCGAAAUAUCGACUAAUAUCGACAUUUGUUUUUAAUGAAAUUUCAUAUUUUAUGUUACUACCCUCAUCCAAAUAAUGAAUGAAAUCUGAAAUUGUUUAUAUCAUGCAUGAAUGAUAAGAUAAAACAUUAUUUAAUAAUUACCUCUUGAGUGUGUAAAUGUUGGAACAUUUAAUAUAUUAUAACAUAAUAAUAUGAUUAAUGUAUAAAUUACCGAUAUUAUCGAAUGUGAGAACUGCAUAUCCUAGGUAAUAACGAUUUGUCAAAUUCAAAUUUUUGACUUAACCCGUUUUGAGUGUCUUCAAUUAUCGAACAUAGCAGUCAACAAUAACUCACGCAUGCUAACAAAAUUUAUUGUAUGCCUAAAAUAAAAUACAUUGAACUAUAUAUGUAUAUAAUAUCUAAGAUGAACAUUAUAUAAACUAUGUAUAAAUUUUCAGACUUUUGAAAUUCUAUUUGCUAUGUAUUGUUAAAGAUAGACUGAAUACUGUUUAGAUUCCGUGCUAUUUGCCAUAGUGUUGUAAUUAGCUAAAAUAACGGCUUCUUAUUAGCUUUUAGCACUUUUUUUUUAAUUUCAAACCCUUUUAUUCCACAGUUCUUGUCAUGAUUUCUAAUUUUUUGUUGGAUUUUCAUCUUAAAAUAUCGCUAUCAAAAAUUGACCCUUAUUUCGUACUGCAGUCGAUACAGAUUAGCGUAUUUCGCGUUUGUGUAAACGCGUGCUAUGAGCUAUUUGUCGAGUCGUUAUUUUAGCUAAAAUAAACCUUAAUACGUAGAUCUAAACGAACAAUUUUGGAUAAUGACUUUUUACAUAUUUUUUUUAACGCAAAUCAAAACAGUCGAAACUGAAUGAAAGUUUUUGCAAGACAAAGAAUAAUAUUAACUUAUUCUUAUUUGAAGUGAGGAACUUUAUUAUUAUUAAAAAAAAUAAAAAAACUUGCUAUAUAACUUCUAUCUCAUAAAGUAAUGUCUUCUGAGUAAUUAUUAAUUGAAAAUGGUAAAUCGUUAUAAAAUGUUUUUUUUUAUUUUUUAUUUUUAUUAUUUUUUGUUUUUCUAAGCGUGUUUAUAAAAAAAAGAUAGGUGUGUAGGUGUAGUUGUUUUUAAACAUAUCGUAUAGUGAAGAAGUCGCGUAAUUUGACGUCCGUUACUGUGUUUCGUAGUAGUUGUAAUUAUUUCGGUAGCGUGGAUAUUAUAUUGUAAAUCAUAGAAAAAGAAUGUAUUAAAAUUGACUUUUUGAUUGAAUUGAUUACUGGUGGUAGGACCCCUUGUGAGUCCGCAUGGGUAGAUAUCACCACCCAACCUAUUUCAGCCGUGAAGCAGUAAUGCGUUUCGGUUUGAACGGUGGGGCAGCCGUUGUAACUAUACUCUUAUAUCUCAAGGUGGGUGGCGCGUUUACGUCGUAGAUGUCCAUGGGCUCCAGUAUUUAACCACUUAACACCAGGUGGGCUGUGAGCUCGUACACUCAUCUAAGCAAUAAAAAAUAAAAAAUAAAUAAUUGAGUUAUUGUUUAUAGACGCGCAGAAUCGACAUUAAAACACUAGGGCUUGUUCUUUUCAAAUCAAAACGAAAUGGCUAUAAGUUUGUUGCGGGUGCAUAUAACGGAACGCUAUAAAUUAAUAGCAGAAGCAUAUCAUGUGAUUGUGACUAAUCGCAGUCUCUUCACACUAGAUCUACUAAUCACAUCAUAAUGAUAAUAAUCACACACACACAUCUACUAAUCAAUCACUAAACUAAGCACAAUCACAAUUUCUUCUAAAAGAAACCGGUUGCGUUAUUGAGCUUUUUUUUUUUCCUACCUAUGCUGAUAGCCUUCAGAGGCUAUUUCAGCUUCGCCCUAACGUUUGUAGGUGAGCUCGCGGGGCUCAACCGGAGAGUUGCUAACACUGACCCUAGCAAGAGCAGUGCUUCGCAGAAUCUACCACCGGAUCGGAAACGCGACCCACUGAGAAGAUCCGGCGAGAAACUCAGUGGGCUGUGUCUAUGGGUUAGUUCGCUCGUCGAGCCCUUCGUCGCAAGCGACGGGUUCGACGAGGACGGUGACCGGUUAUUGAGCACUAAACAAAUAAAUGUCCAGUAGAGUUUGCUCAUGGAAUGUUUUCGUGAUUUUCACACUGUUAUAACUGUUAUAAGUUUUUGUGUGACAUGUUCAGUAAUCUUGUUCACCGCUUCGAAAUAGUGACGUAUGGACUUUUCUUUUGAGCAUUUCUAAAGUCAUACCUUCUUAGGUUAAUUGAGGCCGUCAGCGCAAAAGUGGCCUAAGCUUAUCAUAGUAUUAAAUAGAGGUAAUUAGGUUGGAAUUUUCAUAAAUUUGAAUUUGAGCAAGCAAAAAAAAACACAAUACGCGCAAAAAUAAUUUUUACAAAGCUAUCUGUUAUCUGUGGGUGAGACUAGGGAUAGGCCGGUUUUGUAUCAAAAUUUAUUAUAUUUUAAAUAAAUUCCAAUAUACGUCAUAUAAGCUUGAAUAUAAAAAAAUUGUGGGUUAGGCCACUUUUGUGCUGAUGGCCUCAGUUAUACUGUGUUAACCACUGAUAGUCGGACAUAAAACGCUUUGACAAAAUGGCCGCCUGACGUGAUUUUUUAAUAUGAGACGCAUUGUAGACAUUAAAAAAAAACAAGUUAUUUAUUAUUUCCGAUAUAAUGUUUACAUUCUUUUGAUAUGUUUAAUAAAUAAUAUAAUUUCCACGUAACCAUUCAAUGUAUGUAAAACUUCCGUUUAAAACUAAAAACUAUUAGAUUAAGAAGAGACUUUUUAUGUAAACUGAUUAUGGUGAAUUGGUGGAAUAAAAACAUUAUUGUCCGAA